GCCCUGAGCGAGGGAACUUCUUAAAGUCCCGCCGCCUCCUGGCGCUCCGAGGAGUCGCGGGGGAGCGGCGGCAUGGUCCGGGCGGGCGGCGGUGUGUGCCGCUGCUGCUGCUGGGCGCUCGUUCUCCUGUGGGCGGCGGCGGGCGGCCGCGCAGAACUCCGCUAUGCAACUGUGUACUGGAAUAAAGCUGAAAAAAUACUUCAGGUCAGGAAUACACUGGACAGGAGUGGAGAUGCUUAUGGCUUCUACAACAACAGUCUACAGACAACAGGCUGGGGAGUCCUGGAGAUCAGAGCAGGCUAUGGCUCUCAGACCUUAAGCAAUGAAGAUAUUAUGUAUGUUGCUGGCUUCUUGGAAGGCUAUCUCACAGCUCCGCAAAUGUAUGACCAUGCUGCAAAUAUGUAUCCACAGCUAAUUAAGACUCCUACCAUUCGAAGAGGAGUUCAGAAUUUUAUGGCGAAGCAAGAUCAAUGGACAAGACAACAAAUCAGAAAUAAUAAGGAUGACCCAUUUUGGAGGCAUGCUGGCUAUAUUAUUGCACAGUUGGAUGGUCUGUACAUGGGAGCCCUCGAGUGGGCUAAACUACACAAACUAUCACCACUGAGCAACUUUGAUAUCCAGUUUCUGAAUGCAGUUGGAGACCUGUUGGACCUUAUUCCUGCAUUAUUUGAUUAUUCUGCACGGGGUGGCCAAUGCAAUGUGGAUUCAGGAGGCCAUGGGAGAUACCAGUGGGACAUGGGACACUGCUCUGCACUGAUCAAGGUUCUACCUGGAUAUGAGAAUAUAUAUUUUGCCCAUUCCAGCUGGUUUACUUAUGCAGCCACACUGAGAAUAUAUAAGCAUUGGAACUUCAAUAUAGUUGAUCCAUACACCAGCACCGGCCGUGUCUCAUUCAGUAGUUACCCAGGCUUUUUGGUGUCCCUGGAUGACUUUUACAUACUGGGCAGUGGCUUGGUAAUGUUGCAGACUACCAACAGUGUUUUCAAUGAAACCCUCAUUAAGCAAGUGGUGCCUGAAUCCUUGCUAGCUUGGCAGAGGGUCCGCAUUGCCAACAUGAUGGCAAAUGAUGGCGAAACUUGGGCAGAGACCUUCUCGAAGUGCAACUCUGGAACCUACAACAAUCAGUACAUGGUUCUAGACCUGAAGAAGGUCAAGCUGCAGAGGAGCCUUGACGAUGGUGCAUUGUACAUUGUUGAGCAGAUCCCAACCCUUGUGGAGUAUUCUGAUCAAACAAAUGUUCUCCGGAAAGGUUACUGGCCUUCAUACAAUAUCCCUUUCCAUGAAAAGAUUUACAAUCUCAGUGGGUAUGCAUCAUACGUUGUCAAGUACGGCAUGGAUUUCUCUUAUGAGCUUGCUCCAAGAGCCAAAAUCUUCCGUCGAGACCAGGGCAAGGUGACCAACUUGGAAAGCAUGAAGUACAUCAUGAGAUACAACAACUAUCAGCAUGAUCCUUAUGCUGAACACAAUCCUUGCAACACCAUUUGCUGCCGGGAAGACCUGAAUCCUUCUUUACCAGUGCCUGCAGGCUGCUAUGACUCCAAGGUGUCGGAUUUCCGCCUGGCUGCAGCGUUCACAGCCUCCGCCAUCAAUGGCCCUCCGGUGCAGGGCGGUCUCCCGGUCUUCAGCUGGAGACGCUUCAACCGCACGCGGCACCAGGGCCUGCCCGAGUCAUACAACUUCGGUUUUGUCACCAUGAGGCCCAUCUUGUAAAACCAGCGACAGUAUCCACAAGCGGAUUUUUUUUUUUAAUGGAAAUUUUAUUUCUUGUGUAAUAAAUCGACCUGGAUGUCCACA